GUGACCCCGGCCCCGCCCCGGCGGCGCGAGGCGCUGAGGCCGCGCACGAGCGGGGCAGGCCCGGCGGGGAGGGCAGCAAGUGCAAGCUUAUGCUGGCAGAUCGGUGAUGCAGCUGAUGAAAGCUCACCAUGGUCAACGAGACCCAGCAUACCUGCAGUGCCAGUUCCAGCUCCAAGUCUGAUGGUGGCAGCAGCAGUGGGAGUGAGAGCUCCAAGGACAGCUCACGCUGCUCCACCCCUGUCCUCGACGCCGACCGUCACGAGCGGCUGCGGGAGAAGAUGCGCCGGCGGCAGGACUCUGGAGACAAGUGGUUCUCCUUGGAGUUCUUCCCUCCACGCACAGCCAAUGCUGCUGUCAAUCUCAUCUCCAGGUUUGACCGUAUGGGAGCGGGUGGUCCACUCUUCAUUGAUGUGACAUGGCACCCCGCAGGGGACCCAGGAUCUGACAAGGAAACCUCUUCCAUGAUUAUUGCCAACACUGCAGUCAACUACUGUGGCCUGGAGACCAUCCUGCACAUGACGUGCUGCAAUCAAACCAAGGAUGACAUCACAGGGCAUCUGCAGAAGGCCAAGAGGCUUGGCUUGAAGAACAUCAUGGCAUUGCGUGGAGAUCCUGCUGGUGAGGAAUGGGAGGAAGAAGUAGAUGGCUUCAACUAUGCUGUUGACCUGGUUAAGCACAUUCGCAAUGAAUUUGAUGAUUACUUUGACAUCUGUGUGGCAGGGUUUUUUUCCCCCCCCAAAGGCUACCCCACGGGUCAUCCUGAAGCUGAGAGCUAUGAGGCAGACCUGAGGCACCUGAAGGAGAAAGUCUUUGCUGGAGCAGACUUCAUCAUUACACAGCUUUUCUUCCGAUCAGAAACCUUUCUCAAGUUCAUGAAGGACUGUCAAGCCAUUGGCAUCACCUGUCCCAUUAUUCCUGGCAUCUUCCCCAUACAGGGUUACCACUCGCUGCGCCAGCUGGUGAAACUCUCCAAGCUGGAAGUGCCUCAAGAAAUCAAAGAUGUGAUUGAGCCCAUCAAGGACAAUGAUGCAGCUAUCAGAAACUAUGGGGUGGAGCUGGCAGUGUCCAUGUGCCGGGAGCUGUUGGAUAGUGGCAUGGUGCAUGGGCUCCAUUUUUACACCCUCAAUCGGGAAGUGGCUACUACAGAAGUCCUUAAGCGUCUGGGCAUAUGGAAGGAGGACCCCAGGCGGCCCCUGCCCUGGGCAGUCAGUGCUCACCCCAAGAGAAGAGUUGAAGAUGUCAGGCCAAUCUUCUGGGCCUCACGGCCAAAGAGCUACAUCUAUCGGACUCAGGAAUGGGACGACUUCCCCAACGGCCGAUGGGGCAACUCCUCCUCUCCAGCCUUUGGGGAACUGAAGGACUAUUACCUCUUCUACCUGAAGAGCAAGUCUCCCCGGGAGGAGCUCCUGAAGAUGUGGGGAGAAGAGCUGACUGGGGAGGAAAGCGUCUUUGAGGUGUUCACAUGUUACAUCACUGGAGAGCCCAACAAGAAUGGGCACAAGGUUACAUGUAUGCCUUGGAAUGAUGACCCUCUUGCUACUGAAACCAACCUUCUGAAGGAGCAGCUGGAGAAGGUGAACAGACGAGGAAUCCUGACCAUCAACUCCCAGCCAAACAUCAAUGGCAAACCAUCCACAGACCCCAUUGUAGGCUGGGGGCCCAGUGGGGGAUAUGUCUUCCAAAAGGCAUACCUAGAGUUCUUCACCUCCAGUGAGAUCGUCACGGCACUGCUCAAAGUGCUGAAGAAGUACGAGUUGAGAGUGAACUACCACAUUGUCAAUGUCAAGGGCCAGAAUAUUACCAAUGCUCCAGAUCUGCAACCCAAUGCUGUCACCUGGGGCAUCUUCCCAGGCAGAGAGAUCAUCCAGCCCACUGUAGUGGAUCCCGUGAGCUUCCUCUCCUGGAAGGAUGAGGCCUUUGCACUGUGGAUUGAGCAAUGGGCCAAGCUCUAUGAAGAGGAGUCCCCCUCUCGCAUGAUCAUCCAGUACAUCCAUGACAACUACUAUUUGGUCAACCUGGUGGACAAUGAUUUCCCACUUGAAAACUGCCUCUGGCAGGUUGUGGAUGAUACUUUUGAGCUAUUGAACUCUCCAACUCAGCAGUGAAAAUUCCUAAUCCCUUACUUCCUCCUUCUGUCUACUGACUGCGGGGAGAGAAAAAGCAGUUCCUGUGCUGAUGGUGGAGCGCACACUCCUAAGCCCCAUGGCCAGGCUAGAUCUCUGAUCUACUCACACUACAGGCUCUUCUAUCCCCAAUACAAAGGCUCCUUGACUCCUCCCUGAACAACAGCCAGAACUACCUGAACCUCUGAGCUAAGACUCUAGGCUGAGCUUGAAGGUCAACUCUGCAGGAUGAAGAGGUGCUCAUCGUGGCUAUGUUGGUUACAGAAACAGGAGAACUCUUGUGCAAAAUGAUAAAACUCAGUGAUUCUGGUAGCUUUCUCAUGCCAGAAAUGCCACCUUAGUGGCCAAAACACUCCUGUUAGCAGUGUCUAUGCAAGGAUAUUCUUCCAGCAGUUACCAACCCUUUUACACUGCACUCCCAAGAUCUGUUUCUUCCUAACUGAUCAUAUCAGGCUCUUUUGCACUCACUCCAGAAAAAGUUUCAGAUUUUCUCCCUACUUUUUUCCUUUUAUUAUAUUUCCUGUUUUCUUUUUAAUAGCAGUACGUAAAUUUCACUUCCAGAUGAGACCAAGUAGGAAUGACACUAUUUCUUAGAUUAAGUAAAUAAAAUACACAAAUACAAAUGUC